AUGCCGAGUCUGGGUCUAGGAGACACUAUCCCAAACCUGGAAGUGGAAACCACACAUGGGAAGUUCAAACUCCAUGACUUCUUCGGAGAUAGCUUGGCCAUAAUCUUCUCCCACCCAAGAAAAUCAGAAUUGACAUUAUGCAUAAGAGAAGCAGUACAACAUCCUGGUAGCAAGGUGUCAUACCCGAUAGUUUCGGAUCCGAAGUCGGAUAUUAUCCUGCUACUCAACAUGGUGGAUCCUGCAAUAGACUCCUACGGAAACAAUCUCCCCUCUCGAGUUCUCUACAUCAUUGGCCCUGACAAGAAGAUUAAGCUGGGCUUUCUUUACCCGGGGUCCACUGGCCGCAACGUGGAUGAAGUGAUGAGGGUGCUGGACGCACUGCAGAAGGCGGCCAAGCACAGGAUCGCCACUCCCGUCAACUGGAAACCAGGUGAGCUGGUGGUCAUUCAGCCAGGUGUCUCCGACGACGAAGCCAAACAGUUGUUCCCUCAGGGUUUCCAGACUGUUGCUCUUCCAUCCAACAAGUCAUACCUUCGCUUCACCCAACUCUGA